AUGGGUCAUGACAAGUUGUUUGAACUUCCGACAUGGGAGUCCUUUGAGAUAGUGCAGCUUCUACAGCACUGCCAGAACUCAACCGCUGUGUGGCAUACACACGAUGCAAUGUGUGGCCUCUUAUCGCGCCCUAUUCGGGACUGUGCCUUUAAUAAUGCCCUCAACCAGCAAAUGAAUAGGAUUUAUCAACAUCAAGAAGUAUUAAAAGAAGGAGAUAGCGACUAUUUCCCAGCAACAUAUGCAUGCUGUGAACGUGAUGACUAUGUCAUUAUGGAGGCUCCAACGAAGGCGAAUUAUCGAGAUUACUGGCGAUUGGUUUGGAGGGAUGGCUGCAAAAUCUGUGUGUCGUUAAGUGAUAAACUAAGCGAUUCUGACGAAAACCUGUGCUAUCCAUAUUGGCCGUCAAAAGAAGGAGAAAAAAUGCAAAUCGAUGAAAAUCGUUUUGAAAUUGAAUGUUUGAAAAGAAACGAUAUGAAAGGAUAUGUUGUAUACGACUUACGAAUCACAAGCACAGAUCCGUCACUCGACACCGGCAUGUCAAAGGCCGUUCGUGGAUCAAAACAGAAAACGGAUUCUCGUGAAGAGGAUAAAAAUGAAGAGAAAAAAUGGCGUCCUUUGACACUCAUGCACUUUGAAGCAUGGCCAUCGGAUACUUGGCCCGAUCUCGACCUUCUUGGACCGUUUGUUCAUGCGUUAUCAAGGAGAGAAGUCCAGAUAAUGCGGCAGUCGGUAGACAGUUAUGUUCCACCUGUGGUCAUUCAAAGCCACGAUGGCCUUGGAAGGGGUCCUGUCGUAUGGGUAUCCACGAUUCUCAUGAAGGACAUAGAGAAAAAGGAGUGUUUCGAUGUGGAGGAUCUGGCAAAGAAAUGUGCUAAAUCCAGACCGGGUGCAUUUCACAAGAAAAUUCACUUUUGCGUUCUACUCGCUCUAGCCUUCCGACUUGCAUCACUCGGUGGUUGGACAGCACUGGAGGUAGAUUCGUUUCAGAUUUCUCAAUGUGUUCAGGAAUAG